UUUGAGUGGAAACGUGAGAAUCAAAUACAGUAUAUAAGGAAAUGAGUUGGAUUUGAUGGGUUUUGUUUUCUUCUUCAUUAGACUACAAUUUUCUGAUUCAACGGCGGUUUUCAUUCCAUUUCUUCUCUUCUUUUCUCUCUUACAUAACCAUUUUCAUUUCCAAUCCUCAGAGCUCAAAAAACCCAAAAACCCAUCUCUUAAAUGCCAAGGAGCAGUUUGUUCUUGUUCAAAGCUCUGUGAAUCGAUUAUUUGAUUUGAUGGGUUACCUUUCUUGCCGCGCGGAAUCUGCGAUUUCGACUUCGAAUUCGUUGACCCCGUCAUCUUCGAGAAAUUCGUCGCACAAAUUAGAGAAGAAACCCAUUAAGAUCCAACAGUUUGAUUACAGUGAUCUUGAGGCUGCUACUAAUGGCUUCUCCGAUCAGAAGCUUUUGGGAAAAGGCAGCCAUGGAUAUGUCUAUAAAGCUGUUCUUGGUGGUCGUCUUGUUGCGGUCAAGAAGCCCUCUCGAGCUCAGGCGAUUGCUCCUUCGAUGGCUUCGUCAAUGGCGUCUUGUGAAAUCACCAACGAGGUUGAUAAUGAGAUCGAGAUUUUGUCCAAAAUUCAGAGCCCUAGAUUGGUGAAUUUGGUGGGUUUUACAAAUGAUUCCAAAGAUAGGCUUCUUGUUGUUGAAUUUAUGUGUAAUGGUACGCUUUAUGAUGUGAUUCAUUCAGGUUCCAGACCUCUUUAUUGGGGUCGAAGGAUUAGAUUAGCUUUACAAACUGCUAAGGCCAUUGAAACUCUUCAUGCUUCAAACCCCCCUGUAAUUCAUAGAGAUAUCAAGUCUGCCAAUGUGUUGAUUGACAGGAAUUACAAUGCUAGGUUGGGGGAUUUCGGGUUGGCCAUUCAGGGCUAUGCCGAUGAUUAUCGACUCCGGUCGACGCCCCCGGCGGGCACCAUGGGGUACCUUGAUCCUUGUUAUGUGACCCCUGAUAAUUUGAGUACUAAAACUGAUGUGUUUAGCUUUGGGAUUUUGUUGUUAGAGAUUAUUAGUGGAAGGAAGGCUAUAGAUGUUGGAUAUUCCCCUCCUUCCAUUGUUGAUUGGGCUGUUCCUCUUAUUAAGAAAGGGAAGUUAAUGGCCAUUUAUGAUCCUAGAAUUGCUCCUCCUAAAGACCCCAUUGUUACAAAGCAAUUGGCUGUGAUUGCUGCUAAAUGUGUGAGGUCUUGUAGGGAGAGGAGGCCUUCCAUGAAAGAUGUGGUUCUUUGGCUUACUGGGUUGAGCAAACUGGUUCCUCUUCAUUCCUGGAAUGGCUUCAACAAUCCAUGUUUGAUGGUGGAGACCGUCGGAAGGCCGGUGGAAACGAGGAGCUCGCAGUUGAAUUUGAGACGUCGUAGUGUUGAAGAUGGGGAUGUGGAUGCACAAACGUUGUGGCGAGACAUUAAGAACUCGAGGAGAGUAUACUCUGACUUGGGGAUCAGUAGUAACUUAAUGGAUCUCAUGGCUUGUAUUGACGAAGAUUCUGGUUUUCGGGCCGAGGCUAACCAUGUCAGGUCUCAUUCGAGAUUCUCGAACCGGUUCUUUAGUUCGAGAUUCGUUAGCGGAAAGAAUCAUGAAUUGGAAGCAAAGUGAAAGCUUCUGAGUUAUGUUCUUGUAGAUUCAAAUGAUCAACCUGUUCAUGACACACACAGUUCAAUUCAAUAAACUAUCUGACACUGCAUCAGAGCUUGGCUGGCUGACUUGUGAGUUUGCAGGGUGAAUAUGAAGGCAAAGGAGGUGAUUGCUUGGUCCAAAGGAUACAGUUCUUUGAGGAGAAUAAGGAUCCUCUUUUGUCCAAACACAAGAAAACAUAUAGAAACUGACAACCAGCUUCACCCAAUUGUUGACUUGUAAUGUCCUCACUAUGUGUGUGCUUUGAUUUUGAUGAUUUCAUACCAACUUGUGAAGUUUCUUACCGACGUGAUGAACGUAGUCACAUGCGAGAUCUCGAAAGGAGAACGAAACAUUCUUUA